UACCAAACAAAAGAAAGAACCAAAACUCUAUGAAUUACGCUUAGGACCGGCUUCUUUCUCGUGAAUCUAAAUUCUAAACUAAUCAGAAAUGUUCUCACGGAUCCAUAAUUUUUUAUUACGUCCUUCUAUUUAUAUUGACGACCCAUUUUCAUUAUCUUCUCUUUGUUCAUCAACCAACACCGAUUUUCUCAGUUGUUAGGGUUUAUAAAAUAAUUAUUUUUGUUCCCAAUUUCUAUUCAUUUUCAUUUUCGUUAUUGUGUUUCAUAAUUUCUAAAUUUCGAGACGACCCAUUUCUAUUCAUGACGUCCAAUUUUGACCGGUGGGAGAAAGAUCCUUUCUUUGAAGCUGCCGAAGAAGUUCAGGAAUCUGCAGACAGGUUGGAAUCUGCAUAUAGGACAUGGAUUCGUUCCACAAAAGAUGAUUCCAGCGUGUGGAACUCUGAUGAGCUUCGUAGAGAUCUAAAUACUGCUCUUGGCACUGCUAAAUGGCAGUUAGAUGAAUUCAAUCGGGCAGUUAAGUCGAGCUAUAGCAGAAACUCAAUUGAGGAUACAAGAAAUAGGCACCGUGAUUUUGUUGCUGCCAUUGAUGAGAAGAUCACAAAAGUUGAGUAUUCAUUAUAUGAAUCUGACCAAUCGGAUGGUGAGGCACCUCGGCCUUGGGCGCGUUUGGAUGAAGGAGAACAAGAUGAACUUGCAUUAUUUCUUUCGGGAAUGCCAGCGACCGGAAAUCCGCGAAUAGUUGAUACCGAUUCAGUCAGUAAUUGUUCAAAGAAUGCACACGCUUUGUCUGGGUUGGGUGAAGCAAAGGAAGAUAGAUUAAAUGCGCAUCGUAGGGCAGCUAGUGCUAGUGCUGAUAUUGGUUCUUGGAAAAUUGCAGUUUCUGAUGAUGCACAGCAAUGGAGUUCGUCCAGUGGUUCCUCCGGUCCUAUGCCUAAGGUAGCAAGUUUAUCGGCAUUUCUUAGUUCGAUGGGAUCCGUACCUGUGUUGAAGUGGCCUAGGAAUGGUUAUAGAAAGCUGAAUCAUAAAGAACCCGAUAGUGCGCUACUUCCAAUGACCGAAUUGAAAAAGGGCAACAAGGCAUCCUUCGAAAAAAGUAAGAGUUGUCUUGAAAGUUCUGAUGAAUCUUAUGACAAGCAACUUUAUGGAUGGUAUGGUGCUAUUCAGAGACAGAUUCGAAGAUCUCAAUACCAAAUGCGAUACAGUCAACCAGUUCGAAUAACAGUUUCCGUUGUUGUUCUCCUUUGCUUGAUUGUUUUAAUUGCGAAUCGCGCAAUGUAGAAGGAAGAAGGCUUAGACGCACGUGAUGAUAAUUGAUAUCAGUUUGUAGCUGGCAAGAGCAUGAGGAAUGACAAGCUUUUGCUUCAACCUAAUUUAACAUUUCAAAUGCUUUGGGACUUAAUAUUUAUAGCCAACCAUAGCAUUUGCUCAGUUAUUCAUUUGUUGCUAAAAAGUUCUCCUUUUCUUCUUUUUUUUUUCCCCUUCCUAUUUUAAAAUUGUUCAUCAAGAGCUAUCUCUUGUAGUGGUAUCACAAGUCAUAAGAUGCAUGAGAUGGAGAUGAAAGAGGGAAUGGACAUGUUAGAUGUGAUAUAUACUACUGUACCUUCUUGAUGAGCUUUGGUUUUGUAUCGAAUCCUUUUGUAACAUGUACAUAUUCAAGAUGAUGUUUUAUUAUUCUU